AUGCCUUCAUUUUUGGGUUCGAUUUUGCUCGGGUUCGGUUUCGGUGUGGUGGCUGUUGUUGCCGUUCAAGCUCUGGCACUGUUAUGGAUAAUCAAACGGUUACGCCACAGCCACAAUCUCCAUGGCGAGCAAGCUCAUAAACUGGAAACUGAAUCAAACCAGCUUGAUCAUCAACAAUCUCUUCAUUUUGCGUCUCACAAGCAGGGUGUGGUUUGGGUCCUUGAAUCAGGAAAAAUUUCAAAAGAGCCCAAAAGAAAAGGUUUAUUGGAGGUUUCACCUAUUAAAAUGUAUGGAACAAUCAAGGGUGAGCCACUUAUUCUAAGAAAACCUGAUGGUUUGCAGCCACACUCAACAAUUGAACUCAAGAAUUGUACCGUUCAAGCCGUGUCAGCUUCAAACCUUUCUUCAAAAAAAUGGGCAAAAAAAAAAGUUCCCCAUCAAAGUGGAAAACAAGACCUCAGUAAUAUACAAUGGAAGUAA